AUGGCGCUCAUUCAACAGAAGUUCAUAGCUGACCAUGACAGGAUUCUGAGUAAAAUGAGAGAAGGGACUUUUGGGCAAGUCUUGGAAUGUUUAGACAAGGAGAACGUGGAACAUCUAGUACACGUUGAUGGACGGCCACCGAAUGUUAUUGCCAAAUUGAUGGGUCUUGAUGGGCUGCCUCCUCAGCAGCCUCAGCCUCUUCAUAGACACCGUAAAGGGUUCUCUGAAACUUAUCUACAAUGGACUGCAUCAGUAUCAUCGCAAAGGGAUGGAAAACCAUAUGAACACCGAUCAAAUAGGAAAGACUCAAUGGCGCAGCAAGAAUACAGGAUUCUGAGUAAAAUGGGAGAAGGGACUUUUGGGCAAGUCUUGGAAUGUUUAGACAAUGAGAGUGUGGAACAUCUAGGUAUGAUAGAGAGGUUGUUAGGGCCACUGCCACAGCAUAUGAUUACUGGUGCAAGCCUUCGUGCUGAGAAAUAUUUCAAGAGGAGUGCACACUUGGAUUGGCUAGAGGGUGCAAGCUCCAAAGAAAGUACGAGGGCAGUUUGGAAAUUACCCCGCCUACAGUGUAAUAUAAUUGCAGGGACUUUUGGGCAAGUCUUGGAAUGUUUAGACAAUGAGAACUUGGAACAUCUAGGUAUGAUGGAGAGGUUGUUAGGGCCACUGCCACAACAUAUUAUUAUUGGUGCAGGCCUUCGUGCUGAGAAAUAUUUCAAGAGGAGUGCACACUUGGAUUGGCUAGAGGGUCCAAGCUCCAAAGAAAGUGCGAGGGCAAUUUGGAAAUUACCCCGCCUACAGCGUAGUUUCUGUGUCUACAUAGCUAAGUGUAUGUUUGUAACAGUACACGUUGACGGACGACCACCGAAUGUUAUUGCCAGAUUGAUCGGUCUUGAUGGGUUGCCUUCUCGGCAGCCUCUUCAUAGACAACAUAAAGGGUUCUCGAAAACUUAUCGACAAUGGACUGCAUCAGUAUCAUCGCAAAGGGAUGGAAAACCAUAUGAACUCCGAUCAAAUAGGAAAGACUCAAUGGGGCAGCAAGAAUGUAAGGAUGAAUAUGAAGUUUUGGAAACAUCAAAGGUUGAGAGGAGUAGUUACCAGCAAAAAGGACUAUAA